GAAGCGUUGCCAUGGCGGCCGCCGCGCUCCGCGGCCUGGGGGCAGCGCUGGAGACACACCGGGGACGGGACCGGGCCGUCCGUGCCCUGUCCUACGGCCUCCAGCUGGCCGGGGGAGCCCUGCCCGGCCCGGGGGGGCUGCCGAGGGGCCUCCUGGCCGCCUCUGCCCAGCUCAGCUCCUGCCGCACCGUCCUGCGCCUCUUUGACGACCUGGCCAUGCUCCGGCACAGCUGCGGUUACGGGCUGGGCCCCGAGGACGAGGAUGUGCUGGUGCGGGGGCUCAGCGUGCUCUGCAACGUGGCCAACCAGCUCUACUACCCCUGCGAGCACCUGGCCUGGGCAGCCGAUGUUGGGAUCGUCCGCGCCAGCUCCCACAGGUGGUGGACCCUGAGCACAGCGCUCUGGGGCUCUGCCCUGCUCCUGGGAAUCCUACGGUCCCUGAGGGUCUUGUGCCACUUGAGGAGAAAACUGAGGCAGCACAAGGGCAGCACAUCCUCACCCCAGAGCCAGAAGUUGAGAGCCCAGGUGAAGGCGGAGGUUCUGAGCAUCCUCACGGACGCAGCAGAUCUUUGCAACGCCAUCCACUGGCUGCCUCCAGGAUUCCUCUGGGCUGGAAGGUUCCCCCCGUGCCCAAUUCGGCUCUUUCUCCUGAGAGAAGGUGACAGAACCCUUCCUUGGCAAGGAAAGGUGCUGGUGGUGCAGCUGAUGGGCUGCCCCGGGGCAGGUAAACACCAGCAGCAUUUUCUGUGUGGGAGCAAUCGCCGGGCGUUCUCCAAGCUCCAAAUUUCAAAGAGCGGCCUCGGCACUAUGUCCGUGAGCAGCCACGAGAACCGGAAAUCCCGCUCGAGCUCCGGCUCCAUGAACAUCCACCUCUUCCACAAACCGGGCCACGCCGACAGCCUCCUCACCCAGCUCAACCUGCUCCGCCAGCAGAACCUCUUCACCGACGUGGUGCUGCGGGCGGGGAACCGCAGCUUCCCCUGCCACCGCGCCGUCCUGGCCGCCUGCAGCCGCUACUUCAACGCCAUGUUCAGCGGGGGGCUCAAGGAGAGCAGAGAUGCCGAGGUGAACUUCCACGACUCCCUGCACCCCGAGGUGCUGGAGCUGCUGCUGGACUACGCCUACUCGGCCCGGGUGCUGAUCAACGAGGAGAACGCCGAGUCCCUGCUGGAGGCCGGGGACAUGCUGCAGUUCCAGGAUAUUCGGGACGCCUCGGCCGACUUCCUGGAGAAGAACCUCUACCCCGGGAACUGCCUGAACAUGCUGCUGCUGUCCGACGCCCACUGCUGCGAGCGGCUGCUGGAGCUGUCCUGGAGGAUGGCGCUGGCCAACUUCACCUCGCUCUGCAAGACCGAGGAUUUCCUGCGGCUGCCCAAGGACAAGCUGCUGGAGCUGGUGGAGAGCGAGGAGCUGGAGGUGGAGGACGAGACGCUGGUCUACGAGGCCGUCAUGGGCUGGAUCCGCUACGACCUGCCCCGGCGCCACGAGGUUCUGCCGGAGCUGCUGCGCUCCGUCCGCCUGGCCCUGCUCCCCGAGUCCUACCUGCGCAAACAGGUGGCCUGCGAGAAGCUGGUGACCAGCCACAAGCUGGGGGAGGAGAUCGUGGCCGACGCCGUGCGCUGCAAGAUGAAGAUCCUGCAGAACGACGGGCUGGUGACGGGGUGCUGCGCCCGGCCUCGCAAGGUCAGCCAGGCCCUGCUGCUGCUGGGGGGCCAGACCUUCAUGUGCGACAAGAUUUACAUGCUGGACCACAAAACCAGCGAGAUCAUCCCCCGCGCCGACAUCCCCAGCCCCCGCAAGGAGUGCAGCGCCUGCGCCAUCGGCUGCAAGGUUUACAUCACCGGGGGCAAGGGCUCCGAGAACGGCGCUUCCAGGGACGUCUGGGUCUACGACACCCUCCACGACGAGUGGGCAAAGGCCGCUCCCAUGCUGGUGGCGCGGUUCGGCCACGGCUCCGCCGAGCUGGACCACUGCCUGUACGUGGUGGGGGGUCACACGGCCAUGAGCGGAGCCUUCCCGGCCUCCCCCUCCGUCUCCCUCAAGCAGGUGGAGCACUACGACCCUCAGCUGGACAAGUGGUCCCUCGUGGCCCCCCUGCGGGAGGGCGUCAGCAACGCCGCCGUGGUGGGGGCCAAGAUGAAGCUGUUCGUUUUCGGGGGCACCAGCGCCAACCAGAACAAGCUGCCCAAGGUGCAGUGCUUCGACCCGCGCCAGAACCGCUGGACGGUGCCCACCAGCUGCCCCCAGCCCUGGCGCUACACGGCGGCCGCCGUGGUGGGCAGCCACGUCAUGGUCAUCGGCGGCGACACCGAGUUCUCGGCCAGCUCCGCCUACCGCUUCCACAGUGACACCUACCAGUGGGCCAAGUUCGGGGACGUCACCGCCAAGCGCAUCAGCUGCCGCGCCGUCACCUCGGGGAACAGGCUGUACGUGGUGGGCGGCUACUGCGGGGCCCAGCGCUGCAAGACCCUGGACUGCUACGACCCCUCGUCCGACACCUGGAGCAGCAUCACCACUGUGCCCUAUUCCCUCAUCCCCACCGCCUUCGUCAGCACCUGGAAGUACCUGUCUGCCUGAGAGCGGCCGAGAGCGGCAGGUAGAUAGCUGUGGGUC